CUUAGACAAAUCUUUGAUUUACGAUGGAAUAGCUGAUCUGCCAUCCAUCACUGAUCCUUGUGAUAGGCAAGAUAGGCACGUAUUGCCAGAUAUGAAGGCAACACGAAGAUCGUUCAUGCCUUCGUAUUGUGGCCAAUGGUGGGUCCGAGAACGCGGAGGCGUGCAAGGUACACUUUGAGAGGUACCGCUGUGGUGUUCAUUUUGUAUGGCAUGCGAUGGUUUCUUUAUCCCAGAGGUGCUCCUGACCACCAUCUCGUGUUUCACUGCUUCGGUCUAACGGGCUUUUGAACAAGCGAAGGUGGGAUGUGAAAUACUGGGAUGGGGAAGCCAUCUCCACAUUAAUGCGGAGCUCUUGAGGGGAGCAACUCGACAUGGAGUGAGGGCCUCAACAACUGUGGUCAGAUUCGGCAAAGAUGGCUCAACGGCCGACUACAGCGCAACAGAAAGACAGGCAACGAGCAGCACGGAGGCAGAUACCUCUGCUCUGCCGAAGUUCUACAUCUACGAUGAUCCUAAGAUACGGAUGCCUUGGUACGACAUCGAAAGCCCAGCAUGUACCGAAUACCAGGAGGCGUAUUGGCGAUCCGAUGAAGGGGAGAAUCACACAGCGCGGUGGCUCCUGGGAGGCAAGCAAACAACGGACUCUCGCUAUGAGCUGGGAGGUGCGGACCGGUCUUUGCUGAAGUUCCUCGAAGAGCAUCCUAAUAGAGUGCGAGACUUGGCGGAGAGCAGGCUGUCGAAGGGCACGGACGGACAGACUGCUGAGAAGUUGCUUUACAUCAUUCUUAAGGCUAUCUUCGUAUUUGAAACCUGAAUUAUGCCGCCGAAAUUUUAUAGCUUGGGGAAAGUGUAUGGAAAAUGUAAAUAGCGGAUGUGCGCUGCUAAGCAGUUGCUCAUUAAGUGCUCCAUCUAAAAACCCCACCCCUCUCGCUGCUGCAGUACUGUGUGGCUGCCACGAUGACGAUCUUUGCUCCGAUGUUGACACUGCCUUUGAAACUCUGAUUGCGACAGAAUCCUUCAAGCGGAAUCAUGGCAAGGACCACUUUUUGCCGGCGUUCCAUUACAUGUAUGAGAAGUACAGGACGUGGAACUACAGGAUUGUUGAGGACAUGUUGACAUUCGCUUUAGGCGAACGAUGUUGCUGUGCCGAUUCGUGGUAUCGUGUUUUCACUUGUUGCUUUUCUUCACAGGUAACGUUGAGCCUACGAAUCUCUUCUUCUAACACCAGUUAUUCCAAGACUUUUCGGGUCGCUAUCUUCCUGGUAUUUCGAAGUGGUAUCCGGUUUUGCGCAAUAUUACGAUUGGCACCUUCGAGUAUCAUGGGUUCGGUCGCUUUGUGUCCAAGCAUGACUCCGCAAUAGGCCACAACUUUGGAGCAGUGUUUGACUUGGUAGAUGAUCCGCCACAACUUGGAGCUAGUAUAAUUGGGAAUGCUGGAGAUCAUGAUGACUUGGUCUCGGAGGUCGAGGAGCCGUUCGCUGCAGGAAAGGAUCUUUAAGGCAAGGAUCCUUAGUCGUCUCUUCUGUGAAUUUGAAUCUGAAUGAAAUUUCAUCAAAUCAUGUGUUGUGGUUAAUAUACUGCUAGUACCUAAGUAUUUCGAGUACAAGACUAGUUAUCAACAUCGAGUCCACCCCAAGAAGAAAAACCUCUAAUACAUCGCCAAGGUUCCCUACCUGAACGAGGAAACAGGGAAGAUUGAGUCCUAUUACGCGCGUUUCGUCGAUGGAGCAGCCAAGGUUCGACCAAAAAGCGUCGACGAAUAUGCAAAAACAAUGGGUGUACUUGGGAGUCAUAUUAUGGACCGAAGAGAAUAUGAAAAUGUAGAUGAUAUACUUACUGUUGUGUAACACGGGAGACAACUACGGGAAGUAGGUUGGUAGAUCAGAAAAUUUAAGAUUACGGAUACUAGCAAGACUACUCACUUUCAUCACGGGGAUACUAGCAUCAGCAUGAGGAAUAUGAACUCAGUAGCGAAUUAUCGUCAAGGUCUUCUAAUCAUCAAUGGCCCUCGACGAGCCGACUAUUGGCAGGAGCACGCGAGCCUCCACACGUCUUGAAGGGCAUGAGCGUGCUCGUAUCGACAGCGUUGCUACCGCCUCGACUUUUCUUCUCUGCGAAUCCUUACAUUCAACGGACUUUAAGUUAGGCCAAAUAUCAAUCUCGAAAACCUAGUUGUAAACUUUGACUUUCUUCAUCUGUUUUUGACGGCUUCUCUAAUCAACCCCCGCCCCCAACAGUGGCCUGCUCCUAGCGACGAAGGACGAUCAAGCUGACGGUACUCAUAUCGCAGUAAGAACUCGGUUUCGAGGGCGGGCUACUAGAGAUUGGCGAGCCUUCUGGGCUAGGGAUGAAUACAAUGAUGAAAACCGUCUUCGCUUUUGGUGGGAAGUUACAAAGCGUGCCUUGGUUUUACCCAGACCAGGUCGUAAAAUCGUUCGACCUGUUGUGCUAGUAGGAAGCAAGAGCAGUGGCCGCGGAACAUCUUCAAUUAUGGGCACCAGCGGAACAAUCAGUACAAAAUUUUUAAUUAGUGAUUUUUACCACACCAACUGGCGAAGACGGAAAACCUUCUUUUUUUAUCGCAUACGAGAACGCACAAUAGCCGGACGGGGAACGCAGUGGUUCCGACAUGUGCUGAUCGUAGCAAAAAGGCGGAUUCUGGAUGCUUUCAUCAAAGAUAUGGGGAUCGGACCGAGGGUUACGAUACAACACGUUCAAGGUGUUGCAGAUCCACGACCUUCGUUUGGAACAACGGAAACUCCUCCAAUAUCUUCUGCACCUUCGUCCUCUGCAAGUAGAGGCAGUUCUUCUGCUUCCGGUUCUGCUUUCGGUGGUUCAGCUGUCCGCAGUGCUAGGGCCGCUUCCUGGGACAAGUCUCCACCGAUCCCACCAUGGUGGCGUUCACACUUCUUCAAUGCAGGCUACUCGCUGUCGAACGAUCGGAAGUGGGCACGAACUUGGUCGGAUAGCAAAUUUUGCCUCAUGAUGCGGGGAGACACGUUCUCAUUAUGACUCAAUGUUGAUGUCUUAGAAGAGUUUCAGUCCUAGGAGAAUGAAGUCUCAGUACAUACUUCUGACAGUAGAAGUUGCUGUACUCAUCUCGUUUGUAUUCUACGUUCAACUUUUUUUCAUUCUACCUACGUUCAACUUCAAUGGCGCACCUUGCAGCUUCAGAGUGACCUACAUUAGAGGUAGGUUUUUGGUGUUCGUUUACCCCGUUCGUUAUGCCUUUCCCCCUUCAGAAAGGCAACACGAACGGUAACAACAACACCUCUAACCUACCCUUAACUACACUUCAACAGAACACCUUGUAGUUUGAUGAGAUUGACACCAUCAACUACCUCAAGCACAAUGAACGUUCAUUUUGUAUGAAGACUUUCGUCUACGCGAUCCGGACAUUCUGCAUACCAGUGAUCGUUAGCGAUCUGUUCGGGGCUACAUCACUGCCGUUUCCUAGUACUCUACGGACUCGAGCUUUCGCGGCACCUACUUUCGACGAAGGGAAAAAUAGGACGAAAAUAGAACAACGAGGAGUGCCGUCGUCGUCAGGCAUCUUCUUGAGUAGGGAUCAUGAUGACCAGAGAAAAGACUACGUUCAAAUGAAGCUUGUUGUAAGGAAGCAACGUGGAGAUAGAAAACAAGGGAAGCGAAUUAGCAGGGCGAAAAGAAGAAGCUUCCGUCCACGCCUUGGCAUCGAUGUGAAGCACGUUUUAGGGACUAGUGGAGGGGUCCAAGCGCAGGAGACGGAGUCAUCGAAUACUAGACAUGAAGAUACAAGAUUACAAGAACGACAAAGAGAGGGCUUUGAGUUAUGGUCAACUUUUCGCUAUUGUUGUUCAUUUUUUUGCCCAAAAGACCUUGUAGAUGUGUCUUGAUGUUCUUGUCCACAAACAUAUAUCGCUCUAAAACUUAGCAAAGGGGACAGCUUGGAUGCAACCUCCCAAGUGCCGCAUCCUCGUCAAGGUCUGCGGCUUUCCGAUUUCGCCAUUCAGAUUGCAGAGGCAGACUUCCGACAUCACUACUAUUUCCUUCUGCAUUAUCUCUACAGCCUACGAGACACUGAAAUUAUGCGUCUUUUGAAGGGUAUUCAUCGUGUGCAGCCCUUGCUGGAUUACGAGCAUCCAGAUGCGUCUCGCACAAUAACAGACGCGCUACUUGUGGAGUUGAGGCAUCUGUUGAAGCUGUGAAGGCAUCUGCAGGGGUUCCUCAAAUUAUGUUAUUCGACGAUUAUUUAAAGAUUUUGAAUUCGGCAGGAGUGUCUUUGCUUCUCUGGGAGAACAAGUAGGAUAAGCAUAGAGUAUCAAAAUCAGAACGGGAUACCAGAUUCGAGUGUAUAUGACUUGCACCAUUGGAAACAAGAGAAAUGAUUAAUGCAAAGUGUUACUUAUUCUUAUCUUAUCGCCUCGAGCUCGAUGCCGAUCGCUUUCGCUAUUGCCAAUAACUUGAGAAUAUAGAAUGAAGCUGUAGUUGUAGUUUUUGAGCAGGUACGCGCCGAUGUUUUUUUCUUUUCCCGUAUCAGAACAGAACUCUUCGGGAUAGUUGAAGCGA